AGCAUCUGUUAGCUUAGCCCUAACUGCCUCCAGAUUUGUAAAGUUGUUUCUUGGGCGAUACUAUCAUAGUUUCGACAAUGUAGUCAAUUGAAGGGCAUAUACUUAGCAAUGAGUAGAUUCCAAUUCGCUUAUAAGGCCUCAUUCUAUAGGGAAGGAAGUACUUGGCUUGGCAUUGAGAUAUGGCUAUGGAAUCGAGGUCAACCACUAAACCAUGUCCGUCCCAUCAUGCGUCAGUAACGGCUGUCAUAUUACCAAGCACUCAAACAUAUAUCUCCGCGCUCUUGUGCUAUUUGUUGAGCCAUAUAAUGGCCUGGUAGUCGCAGUAUAAAGAUCGACCAGGUCUGCUUACUGCCAGGGUUUGGAUAAUCUGACCCAACAAUUAUUCAGUAUUUACAAUCACUUCCACUUUAAGCUAUUUCACUAUGUCUCGCAUGGUGACGGCAUGCUGGACCCUUGCUCCAAUAACCAGCCAACUCCUUCCUAUUGCCACUAGAGCUGCUGCCUCUACUGCUUGCAUCAGAAACAUCUCGCUUCUAGCCAGGAGGGCACCGGUAAUCGGGGCCAGAUCAUUUUCAUCGAACACGAGAUCCAACAAUCGGUUCCGUCAUCCUCGUCUUACUCCAGUACUGGCCGUAUCCGCAGGGCUUGCCCUCAGUUCCUAUUUUCACCAACGAGGCCUCCACCCAGUGAAGCAGGGCCUAGUGCCGGAGAAGCCAGAAGAGCCCAAAUGUGCCCAUUGCGUGGACGAGAAGCCAGAGGUGAUCCAAGAAAAGCCUCUUGGGUGUUGUGAAGGCGAGCAAACCACUACAUACCAGGAGAAGCCUCUUUCAUGCUGCGUCGAUGACGAGGCAUCCAUAGCCAUGGCGCCUGCUAUUGGUGGGGACCAUAAGCAUAAGAUCUUCGAGACAAUUGACGACGAGACAUUGCUAAUCUCAAAACUCCCCAAAGAAGACGCCAUUCUCACAACUGCGCCAAAUGUUCCUCCUUCCAUCACAAGAGAUCAUCCUGCUCUUGUCAGGGUUCCCUUGGUAACUACAACCAAGCUGGCGCAGCUGACCAGCCAGUACAAAUAUGAGCAGUGGACUUUCAACGGCACCGUCCCUGGCCCUUUCAUUCGGGCCAAAGUCGGAGAUGUUGUGGAGUUGAGCCUUACAAACAAAGACCCAGCAGGUAAUCCUCACAACAUUGACUGCCACGCGUUCACUGGCCCUGGUGGAGGUGCCGCUGUCACUACCGCUGAAGAGGGCGAAACCAAGGUCGGUCGCUUCAAGCUCCUUUACCCCGGACUCUACGUCUACCAUUGCGCUGCUGCCCCUGUUCCCGUUCACAUCGCCAAUGGCAUGUACGGCCUCAUGUACGUACAGCCGGAAGGCAACGACCUUCCACCCGUGGACAAGGAGUAUUAUGUUAUGCAGAGCGAAUUCUAUCAUGAACCACCUGAGGUUGAUGAUGACGGUCGACGCUCGGAAAUCGUGGAGUUCUCAUAUCCCAAUGGUCUUCGUGAAGAACCUCAAGUCGUUGCCUUCAACGGCAGCGAGUCUGCCCUGACAAGAGAUCAUCCUCUCAAGGCUCAUGUCGGUGACGAUGUGAGAAUCUUCUUCGGAAAUGCUGGACCAAACCUUACUAGCUCAUUCCACAUCAUCGGCACGCACUUCAAAAAUGUGUACCGAGAUGGUGGCGUGACCAGCAACCCAUCGAAGGGUAUUCAGACCGUUUCUGUCCCCUGCGGUGGGUCAACGAUCGUCGACUUGAAGAUGGCUGUCCCAGGAACGUAUACCCUGGUUGACCAUUCUAUUUUCCGCUUGGACAAAGGUGCAGUGGGCUUUCUGAAUGUUUCUGGCCCCCAGAAUCCUGGCGUUUAUCAGAGUUCUCAGCCGCCAAGGCCUUGUAUCGGUUGCAAAUUGCACUCCUGAUCAGAUCAUGGACUUUCUUUGAAAUGGGGCUAGCAGGCAUGGGGAGCGGCUGAAUGGAGACAUGUUUUCGCAUCUCCGGCUUUCGGGGUGACGACUUGAUCCACCUUCAGGCAGUCUCUUUGGAAAUAUUCUGGUCCAGGGUUCUUAUUGUUUUAGCUGGAAGAUAUUCUCAAGCGAGAGUCGUCAAUGACUUCGGAGGUUUAAGAGCGAGGAAGUUUAUAUCAAAAUUGUGAUGACUCUAACGGUUUCAGUUAUUCUACAUACCUACGUAAGGAAGGGGCCGUUCAAUGACCUAAUAUAUUUGCGCGUCUAGUAAGAUAGAAUUUUCAAACUGAUAUAUAGAACGUUUUCCGAAUAUUUUGAAAGCCAACUAUAAAAUCGAGCCACCAACAUUCGUUUCCUCACGAGUCUCGGACUUUCACCACAUGGUCUUAUAUGCGAUGGCGCCUGUUGCAAUCCCAACAGAAGACAAGACAGCGACGCCUGACAAGGGACUCAUGAGAUAUCGUUUAGUGACUUCCGUUUCGUGGUCUUCCCAGCCAGAAGCAAAGGGCUCAUCAGGAACAGCCUUAUCUAGGAACUUGCACAAAAGUCCCCAUCUGUCCUUGACAGUCCACUCGAGAAGCUUGUCUUUCGGAACGAGGCCACGGAUCAUGUUGCAGUGUUCUAUGUUUUGGUUAGUAUACUUGCUAUUAGCGAUUAUCGGG